AUGGCCAGUCUUCACCCACUUGACCCAACUACUCCUGUGGAGAUCCAGCUGGCGGUCUCCGUUCUGGAGUCCGCCUUUCCCGGUGUGAAGCUGCGAUACAAGCGUAUCGAUCUCCAGGAACCCGCCAAACAUGAGGUGGUUCCGUACCUUGAAGCCGAACGGCGAGGGGAGGUGCGCCCGCGCAAACCGGCACGUUUGCUAAUGGCGCUUUUCCACCGAUUGGACAAUGGCUCGUUUUUCAAGGCCCUGAUCAACGCCGACACCAAGUCCAUCGUGUCCGCGAAAGAGCUUCCCAAGGAUGUCCAAGGACCGGUCGAUGUUGAUGAAAUGCUAGAGAUUGAGGAACUCUGUCUCAGCCAUCCAGCGGUCAAGGCUGAAAUUGAGAAAUUGAAGCUCCCGGCCGGCCACACUGUGUGCAUGGAUCCCUGGAUCUACGGCACAGAUGACGCCAAGGAGACCCGCCGGCUCUUCCAGUGCUACAUGUACAUUGUGGCUACAGAUCAUCCCCAGAACAACCAGUAUUCGCUCCCAUGCAAAUUCUCUCCUGUCUUCGAUGGGAUCUCGCGCAAGCUGAUCCGCAUGGAUUAUCUGCCUGGUGGCGCAGACACUCAAACAACUGAGACGCAGCCUUGGAAGCCAGUGCCCACUGUUCAAUAUGCACACGAUUUGUUGGAUGAGCCACUCCGUACAGAUCUGAAGCCCUAUAUCGUCCAGCAGCCGGAGGGCGCUUCUUUUAGUGUUAUUGGCAACGCAGUCUCGUGGCAGAAGUGGCGCUUCAGAGUUGGCUUCAACAACCGCGAGGGCCUUGUUCUUCACAACGUGACCUAUGAUGGCCGCAACACCUUCUACCGUCUAUCUUUCUCCGAGAUGACCGUCCCUUACGCUGAUCCCCGCGCCCCUUACCACCGCAAACAGGCCUUUGAUGUUGGCGAUGUCGGCUUCGGUAUCACUGCCAACCAACUCAGUCUCGGCUGCGACUGUCUUGGCCACAUCAAGUAUUUCGACGGUUACCGCACAGAUGCACAGGGUGCGCCGAUCCAACUCAAGAACGUCAUUUGCAUGCACGAGCAGGACAAUGGCCUGCAGCACAAACACACCAAUUACCGUAGCGGCGAGGCAACGGUUGUCCGUAACCGUCAGCUCGUUGUUCAAAUGAUCUGCACGGUCGCUAACUACGAGUACAUUUUCGCUUUCAUCCUCGAUCAAGCAGCCAACAUCGAGCUUGAGGUACGGGCAACUGGUAUUCUGUCCACCGUUCCCUUCGAUAACGAGAACGGCCAAACUGUGCCAUGGGGAACCAACGUCGGACCAGGUGUGAUGGCCCCGUACCACCAGCACAUGUUCUCCCUUCGUAUCGAUCCCGCCCUCGACGGGUUCAAGAACACAGUCUACUACGAAGACAGUGUACCCAUGCCCGAAGAUGACAACAACCCAUGGCUCGUCGGAUACACCACAGAGCAAAACAUCAUCAAGUCAAGCGGCAGUGCCUCAACAAGCGUCGAUCGCAACCGCGUGUUCAAGAUCCGCAACGACUCCAUCAUCAACCCAAUUACCCACCACCCUAUCGCAUACAAGUUGCAAACCUCACCGAGCCAGAUGAUCUUAGCGAGCCCCAAGUCAUUCUCCAACAAGCGCGCUCGCUUCGCAACCCGUCCCAUCUGGGUGACCAAGUACCAGGAUGACGAACUCUUCGCCGCUGGCGAAUUCACAAACCAGAGUAAAGAGUCCGACGGUGUGGAGGUUUGGGCUGGCCGCAAUGACGCAGUUGAAAACGAGGACCUCGUUCUAUGGCACACUUUCGGUCUCACUCACAACCCUCGUAUUGAGGAUUUCCCUGUUAUGCCCAUGGAGCGCGUCAGCGUCAUGCUCAAGCCCGAUGGUUUCUUCACCAAGAAUCCCGCUCUGGAUGUGCCCGCGUCUACCCAGUCUUUCAAUAAGUCGACUCAACACCCCGAACCUACUUGCUGUGCAGGACCCCAGGAGCGAGGACAGGUUAAGUUGUAG